AUGGCGACGUCGCUCUCCGUCCUCCUAGCAGUUUUAUCCGUGGCAGGAUGCGUCAAAGGAUACGAUUAUGAGGCUACUGGCUUGCAGACAGGUACUACGGUCAUAAGAUUCAUUUUUGCGCUCAUCUACAUUGUCCUUUUGGUCGUUGGAUUCAUCGCUCUUGCAUUCGCACGCGGUCACCGCCUUGCAUAUGUUCCCCUACUGUUCGCGAUGGUGUUUUCGUUCAUUACGGCGAUUGUGGGGAUCGCAAGCGAUUUCAUAGCGGCGGAUGGUGAUCCGAAUGACGAUUUCUCGGUCAACUCAUACAUUGCCCUGUCAAGCAUUGGCGCAUUCUUUUCCAGCUGGACGCUGGCCUUUCUUUUCCUUACGUUCGCAAUGCUGAUCAAAGGAAGGGCAAAUAAACUCAUCCAAUCACCAGAGAAUCGCACGUCACGCAUGAGCCCUGCAUGGGACGCAGCCUAUCUGGUGGAAUUCGUCCUAAUUAUCGUCUUUGGCAUUGCAUCAACAGCGUUACUCAUCAAAUACCUAAGGGGAGUUUAUCUGGAUGAGGAUCUCACGCGAAGGGAGGUCCAGGACAGGUAUAACAAGUACCUUGAUCUAUCAUACGUUUUCGCCGCUAUAUGGUAUAUCUCGGCAUUUGUAAUUGGCGCCAUUGGUGUCGCUGGACUGAAGACUGUACGUAAGGCCGGGAUCGACGACAAAGUCAUUAAAACACUACUUUUCGUUGCGUUGCCAUUGCAUGUCUUGCACAUUAUCGAGGAUAUCAUCUUCGUGAUUCUCUUCUCGCCCUCAGGCCUGACAGUUUCAAUCCAGAAUCUUAAUACUCUGCAAGCUGCUUCCCUUGCAUCCGUAUUACUUUCAAACGUCUUCCACUCUGCUACGGCAGCGGUUAUCAUCUUCGUUGGUAUCCGGCGCUCAAAUUGGACUAAAGCAGCUGGUUUGUAUCCAGGACAGAACCCUACGUAUCAAACGCAGUUUGUUUAUCCGGCACAGGCCACCUACCCGCAACAGGCCACCUACCCACAACAGGCUACUUAUCCUCAGCAAACUACGCCGCCAGUUCAAGAAACAAAUGCUCAACCCGCACCUAGUCCGCCGACUGGCCAGUAA